GGGGGGGCAUUUGGAGGCGGAUGUAGACGCCCCCUUAAUAAAACCAACUCCGACGUGAACCGGAAGUGAAAACGUCGGGGUUAAUGCUGGCUGCCGCGUGUUCACGUGUGUUUAUCGGAAAAAGAAUUAAGAUAAUCAGGGAUCAUGACAUCACUGGCCCAUCAGCUGAAGAGACUUGCUCUGCCACAGAGUGACCCAAACUUGCUGACUCGCAGGGAGGUUGCGUCGCUGCUCUUCGACCCCAAAGAUGCUGCCACCAUGGACAGGAGCACCUUCUUUGCCCUGGGUUGCACAGGGCUGGAGGAACUGUUGGGAUUUGAACCUGCAUUCUUAGAGUUUCAAGACACUCUGUUUAGCUCCUCCUCUGUAACUUUGGAGCGCAGUGUCCAGUCCAGAGAGGUCAACAAUAAGCUGGAUACUGGAAUCUCUCUCUUCCUCACCCGCCUCUGCCCAUACUUCCUUCUCAAGCCAGCUCACAAGUGCAUAGAGUGGCUAGUUCACCGCUUCCACAUCCAGCUGUAUAACGCAGACAGCUUGCUGGCCUGCGCUCUUCCGUAUCACGACACCAACAUCUUCGUCAGAGUCCUGCAGCUCAUAAACAUCAAAGAACCCACCAACCACUGGAACUGGCUCCAUUGUCUGCAGAAACCAGGUGUACCACUAUCGAGGGGGUCUCUGAUUAUGCACCUUCACACUGAUCUGAGCUUUAUGGACUUCAUCUGCUCCAUGGUGACUCGGUCCAUUCAGGCUUUUUCAGGAUACUCUUUCUCUCAGCUCCGAGUGGUCUUCUCCUUCUAUGCCUCCACCGUUGUCCCCGCCCUGGCUGCCACUGACAGAGUGUCUGAGCACCUCAUGGCAAAACUGUUGCCCUACAUCCAACUGGGUCUCAACUCCAUCCUGACUGAUUACAAAGCGGCCACCUACAUGAUCGUGUGCCAGCUGGCUGUGAAAGUGGUGAUGGAGAGGGGAGUGGUCAACAGCCUUGCCGUCCAUGUUGGCAAGUCGCUGCUGAAAGAGCCAGCCCUUGUCAAAGAAGGGCUUGGCUGCCUGAUUGUGCUGCUGCAGAGUCAAAAGGAUGGUGCUGUUGGCCCCAGAGCUGUGGACCACCUCUGCUCCUUGCCGUCGUUGGCUUCUGUGCUGCAGGUCAUGGCAACAACUUAUGAUGUCAGUCCUCUGCUGCGAUACCUGCUGCCUCAACUGAUCUGCAGCACCUUCAGUGCAGGUGAGGUGGAGGCCGGCCGGCUGCGUGUGCUCGAGUCUGUCCUGAAAUCUGUCCCACUGAACAAAGACCUGGAUCAAACGUUGGCUCGGCUGUUGAUUGACCAGUAUCUGAGUCAGAGCCAUCGCUGCGCUGAUGACAUGUCUGCCCUAGAUCAGCUGCUGCUGCCUAUCAUUAGGCUGUUCGAGAACAGGUACUCUAAGGCCCUGGACGCCAUUCUGGCUGCCCGUGUGUGCAGUGUCAGCAAUUUGGCUCAGAAGCAGCUGUUCAAUCGAUUCCUGUCUCUUUCCACGAGGAGUGGAAAACACCAGAUUCUUGGCAACUCGGAUGUGUCAUUGUUCCUGAGCCUGAGACAUCCAGAGCCCUCAGUCCGAAUGGCAGCUGUGGAAUGUCUAAAGGACUUGGUGGCUACAGGACAACAUGUGACUCUUGAUGAAACCUUUCUGAAAGAGGCCAUCCUGGAGCGCCUAAAGGAUGAGGCUGUGGAGGUGGUGGCUGCUGCUCUUACAGUGCUGCAGAUGGUCCUGGACAAGUUGGAGCCUGAGGACUGUGUAUCAUGUCUACUGUCUCUGGUGCACAGAACCGAUCUGUCAGGGGAUGAGUGUUGGCUGCCAGUGCUGACAAGUGCAGUACAUUUACUGUCUGACCAACAGCUCUUAAAGAGAGAUCAUGGGCUUCUGGAGAAAACGGGCUGGAGGCUCCUGCCCUUCUUGGUCAUCACCUCGCCUCAGCUCGGACUCCCAAACGCUGUAGCUCACUCGUCUGUCCUCGCUCAGCACCCCCUCACACACAACUGGGGUCAAGAACUAAACAAAAUGGCAAAGAUGAGCCAUGACCCUAACUUUGUUGGCAUGGCUAACGAUCGUCUCAUCUCUACGCUAGCUAGGAACCUGACCAACAUGGAGCCCUUUUGCAAACGAGAUGCUCUUGAGAAACUAGUCCUGCUUGUGGAGCAGCAGCUGGGGUCCAGCCUUAGGGCCAGGGCCUCCUUUGUAGUUCUGACUCGGACUCUGCUGCUCAGUCUUGACGGCCUGAGUGAGACCCAGCACCUUCUCACUUCUCAGAGGAUAUACAUGCUCCUGGAAGCUCCCUUGCUGGAAGUAACCAGAAGCAGCAACACCCCUGAAAUGGAGCGUCCUGCUUCUGACCCCUUGUCUUUCUCUGAAGCGGUGACUCUUUGCCUGAGUAGUUGUGGCCGGCAGGAGAAUGAGGCGCUUCUCGUGGCUCUGCUGCGUGACUUCGUCUUCGCAUUGAAAUGUCCUGAUGUUUCCCUCAGCGGUGAGGUCUGGUGGAAUCCGGAAAAGUUCGAUGCAAACACCUGCUGCUACUUGGGAUUGAUUUGCCGCCUCUUCACCAUCAUUAUCAGUGGGGCUGCUGAGGGGCGAAGAGCUGGUAGUUUCAGAGAGCUGAUGAAGCUGCUCAUUGAAGUCCACUUUAGAGAAGUGGAUGUGCUCUUCAGAUUCUUGUCGAUGCUGUGGGGAUACGAUAGAAACCAUGGAGACCAGCUGGACGUGAAGGUUGGUGCCAUCCUGCAGAUGCAAGCACUCUACAUGGGUGGAAUUCUGCUCAGCACCCAACCACCUGCAGUACUGGAGGAGUUGACAAACGUGGACUCUCCUGUGGUUCCCUCGUUGUUGUGUUGUCUCACCUCUCCCGUCUGUGAAGUCCGGAGGACAGCCCUUGAUGCUCUACAGAACCUGUCAAAAGCCAACAACUCUCCAUUCCAGCCAAUCACAGCAAAGCUCCUGAAGACCUCGGAGGAGAUCCUAGCUGAUGCCUCCUACCUAAACACAGCUCUUGGCGUUCUCUACAAAGAGUGUUUGUCCAGUAAAACUGAGCUGCAACGGCUGGAGUUAUCACUGCAGCCGCUGCUGCAGAGCAUUCAGACCCCCAGCUGCCCAUCAUACAGUGCCUCUGCAGUACUGCAAGCUCUGAGCCUCAUCAAUGGACAGUCCAUCCUGUCCACCCUGCUUCCUGCCCUGGACCGGCUCCUGCAACAGGCUGAACAGGAUGGCCCCUACCCAUUGCAGACAGAGACCCAGCUGCUGCAGCUAAUCCUGAGAAAGUACAAUCAGGAGUCUGCCCAACUGUUGGCUCGCAAUCCAAAAUGCCUGGACUUGUUUACAAAAGCUCUGAGGCACCCUAGCUGCCAGAUCACAGCUCUGGAGCAGAUCACCAAGCCAUUCUUCUCAGCACUCGCAGACACAAGCGUGCAGCAGAAGCUGCUGUCUGAGAUGUUCAACCUCCUGCAGGAGAGCUGCAGUCCAAUGGUGACCAGCAGCAUUGGCAGCGUCUUCAAAGCGAUUUCUGUAGAUGCUCAGCUCCUGGCCAAUGAGCUUGCUCCCACAGAAAAGCCCAGGGUGGUUGUCACAGUCCAGCAAACCCGACGAACCAAAGCCUCCCAGAGAAAACCUCAGGACAACACUGCCGAGGGGCAUGAGGGGUGCACUGUGUCGUGGCAAAAGGUGACACUCAUCCUGGAGCUGCUGCAGCAUAAGAAGAAGCUGAAGAGGGCCCAGAUGUUGGUGCCCGUUCUGUUCUCUUUGCUCUCCAGGAGUUUGGAGCCCCAAGCAGGCAACCAUGGGAACAUGGAAUAUACCAAGCAGUUGCUCCUUAGUUGUCUGCUUAACAUCUGCCUCAAGAUGGUGCCAGAGUCUGCAGGAGUAACUCCAGUCAUGCUAGAUGAAGAUAAGUUCAGUGUGGAGCUAGUAGUCCAUUGCAUCCGGGUGUCAGAGAUGCCCCAGACUCAUCAUCAGGCCCUGCUGCUGCUCAGCACCGUCGCCACCAUCUUCCCUGAGAAGGUCCUACACAACAUCAUGCCAAUCUUUACCUUCAUGGGAGCCAGUGUGAUGCGCUUGGAUGAUGCCUACAGCUUCUGUGUCAUUGACAAAACGGUGCAGAUGGUGGUUCCAGCACUUAUCAGGGCCUGCAGGCUUCCUGACGGCUCCUCCUCCCCCCACUUGGUUGGUGUUGUGACAAAGAUCAUGCACGUGUUUGUGGAUGCAUUGCCUCAUGUUCCGGAGCACCGGCGGCUGCCACUUCUCACCCAGUUGGUGACCACGCUUGGCCCCUCCCACUUCUUAUGGGUGCUGCUGAUGCUGCUGCUGAAGCUGCAUGCCACACACAGUGCUGCUAAGCAAUCCCUUCCCAGUGCCAGUGAGAGAGAUGCGACUCUGGAGCGAGAUGUGGAUUUCUGGAUUUUGCUGUGCUGUCAGUUUAAAGUUAGCGACCAGCUGAUCUCACUCAUCAAUGCCCUGAAGUUCCUGCUGCAGUUACCCGAUGACAAGAACGGCGGUGAAACUACCGCAGCCUUGAAGAGAGCCGUCAUUCGUAGGGAAGCCAAAAAGGAAGUGGAGAAGGAAGAAAAGUUGGAGGAACUGGUCUUCAAUGUGGAGGCUCACAGCAGCAAAGAGCUACGUCAUUUCAAGUUUGUGUCGGUCUCCUUCAUGGCUCAGCUGCUCAGCUCCAGCAGCUUCAUCCAGAAGGUUGCAGACCACAUAGAUGAAGGUGAAGAUGACAGCCAAACACAUUUGCAGCAGCUGCAGCAGCAGCUCCUGGAGGAAAACCUAUGUUACAUCAAUAGUGUGGCUCGUUGUGUUGAGGAGAAUGCUGAUAAACACACUGCCAAAUUUUGGAGAGUACUUCUUAACAAAACAUACGAGGUUCUGGAUAAGGUGAAUGCAUUGCUGCCCACAAACAUCUUUAUAACAGUGAUGCAGGGACUGAUGGGUAAUCAGCUGGCGUCUGUGAGGAGGAAGGCCAUGGAGCUGCUGAAUAACAAAUUGCAACAGCGGACACAAUGGAACAAGCAGCAGGUGACUGUACUGCUGGAGCUGAUCAGUGACCUGUUGAGGGUUGUAGGUAGAGGUCAAGUUUCAGAGGAAGAGGAGGCUGAGCAGACCAUUAACCGACAGACUGCGCUCUACAGCCUUAAACUGCUCUGCCACAACAUUGGCUCACACCACCAGGAAGCAUUUGUCCCCGUCCUGCUGCAAGCGGUGGAGGUGAUCACAGUGGCAAACGAAGAGAAGAAUGUGACCGCCAGUGCCCUUCUUUGCAUUGCAGAGGUGGUUAGCACUCUGAAGGCUCUUGCCAUUCCACAGCUGCCCAGGUUGAUGCCAGCCGUGCUGCAUGUGCUCAUGGACAGGAAAGACCUACUGACCAAUGAGACAUACCUGUUGAGUGGUGUCACUGCUCUUCAGCGUGUUAUUGACACUCUUCCGCACUUCAUUAGUCCAUAUCUGCAAGACUCCACCUCACAGGUGUGUCGACUCACACGUAUGGUAGAGACGUCCUCCUCCUCCUCCUCCUCCUCUUACUCUCAGCUCUGUACUCGACUCGCUGCUCUGAGGAGCACUCUUGCUACUAAGCUGCCCUCUAGGGUUUUUCUUCCCACACUCACAAAGUGCUACAGCAGCAUGGUGGACAGCAGGAGGGAUCAGCUGGGGGUGCUGAUGAGCAUCAUGAAGGAACACAUCAGCCAAAUGCAGAUGGAGCAGCUUAGCUUCCACCAAUCAGAGCUCACCACCUUUUUCCUCACUGCAUUGGACUUCCGCGCCAAACACUGCCCAGAUGAUCUUCAGAAAGCGUCAGAGGUGGAGGGCAGUGUCAUUGAAUGUCUGCUGACCAUGGUGAUGAAACUGUCUGAGUUUACAUUCAGACCACUCUUCUUCAAGCUGUGUGACUGGAGUAAGGCGGACAGUGCAGAGCGGCAGCUGACCUUCUUUCGGCUGUGUGAUGUCAUGGCUUCUCGCCUGAAACGUCUUUUUGUUCUGUUUGCAACUCAACUGGUCAAACCUUUAGCAGCCAUUCUGCGACAGACGAGUAGCUCAGACGAGUUGCCCUUCCAGAACUCGGAGAAGAAUUGUCUGCUGCUUCAGCUCGGCCUUAACUGUCUCCAGAAGAUCUUCCUGUAUGACACAAAAUGUUUUCUGAACCAGGAGCGGGCCGACGCCUUGCUGAGCCCACUAGUGGAGCAGCUAGAGAACCAGCUGGGGGGUGAGCAAGUCUAUCAGCAGAGAGUGACCCAGCACCUUCUGCCCUGCCUGGGUCAGUUUUCAGUGGCACUGGCUGAUGACUCUCUGUGGAAAACCCUUAACUACGAGGUCCUCCUAAAGACCAGACAUGGUGAUUCUAAGGUCCGUUUCUCCUCUCUUCUCAUGCUCAUGGAGCUGGCAUUCAGACUAAAGGAGAACUAUGUGGUUCUGCUGCCGGAGACCAUUCCAUUCCUGGCUGAACUCAUGGAGGAUGAAUGUGAGGAGGUGCAGCAGCAGGUACAGAGAGUCGUUCAGGAGAUGGAGAAGAUCCUGGGACAGCCACUCCAAAGCUACUUUUAGCCAAAGGACGCAAUAUCGACAACGUUCCAACCGAGACUACAUAUGUAUACAUAGGUUCUGGUUUUGAGCAAAAAAAAUACACAACCACAUUUUAAUGAACCCCCCCCUCCCAUGGGAUUAAUAAAAGUAUCUUAAAUCUUGAA